AUGGCUUCCGCUCUUCUCUGCGCUGCCGUCUGGGCCGUGGCCGUGCCGGUGUCGGUGCAGGCGGCCGUGGCGCUGCAGCAGGCUCGCGCGACCGUCACGGCCGAGCUGGCGGCCGAUGGCAUCAGCCCGGUGCCGACGCCCGGCCCUGACCUCCGGGCACUGCUGCGACGGCAGCACAGCGCGGCCACGACGGUGUACUUUGCCGAAGACAACACGUGCGGCUUCCUGACCGGCCGCGAGGACAACGCGUACACGUGCAACGACCAGCUGGCGCAGUGCGCCAUCAUCACGGUCAGCCAGCUGGGCCUGAUCGGCUGCUGCGACGGCCACGACUGCGGCGGCUUCCACCUCGACUGCGUCGACUUUGACUCGUACUGGAGCUCCGACGACGGCUGCGACAGCAGCUGCCAGACGGACAUGCUGACGCUGAAAUGCUCCGACGUCGACACCCCGUACUGCAACACGGCCAGCAUCAACGGCGGCACCACCCUCCAGGUCUACGGCUACUUCUGCGAUGCCCAAGACAUCUCCACCGUCCAGCCCAUCAUGACGACCUAUGCCGGUGAGGCCGACGACCGCUCCUUCUCGCCCUCUGUCCUGUCCGACGUCUCGUCGACGGACCCGUCAGACGACCCGUCCCCGAGCACCUCCACGACGCCCCAUCCCUCGUCCAGUCCUUCGUCCAGUCCUGCACCCGCGACCAAGUCGGCCAAGAAGUCCAAUGUGGGUGCCAUUGCUGGAGGCACCGUCGGCGGCGUCGCCGCCCUAGCCUUGCUGGGCCUGGCCAUCGCCUUGAUCAUGCGCAGCCGACGAAAGGACGUCCAGAUGCAGACGCAAAUGAUGCAGCCACCACCACUACAGCCCCAGAUGCAGCAGCAGCUGCCACCACAGCCGCCACCACCUGGCCCUUCCCCGUCUAUGCAGAAGAUGCCCGAGUAUGCGGUCACGCCCCAGCAGCCCCAGUAUCCCGGCUCGCCCGGCCUGCCGGCCUAUAGCCAGCCAAACUAUGCCCAGCCAAUCUACACCGCCGCCGGACAGGUGCCGCCUGUUCGCACCGGCUCAGCCAGUCCGCUGUCGCCCGACUACAACCGCAUGAGCAGCAUCAGCGGCAUGUCCACGGGCACGUCGGCCGUCGGCCCCAUCAGCCCGCAGACGACCGGCCACACCAUGGCCACGGUGGUGCCCAACGGAGGCGCUGGCGCGGGAGCAGGCGUGCCGCCGACGAUCCAUGAGGCGGGCGGCGAUACGGUCGGCGCGACCAGCGAUAAUCACCAUGGCCAGAUGCAUGAGCUGGCAUGA